CAAACCAUACUCAAUUCAAUCCACUACUCUCCCACUUUUGAAAACAAAGUUAAGAGAACUAAGCAAAUAUGGCUAAAGAUGUUGAGGUUCAAGAACAAGGAGAAUACUCAGCAAAAGAUUACCAAGACCCACCUCCAGCACCAUUGAUAGAUGUUGAGGAGCUAACAAAGUGGUCAUUUUAUAGAGCUCUUAUAGCUGAGUUUGUUGCAACACUUCUCUUCCUUUAUGUCACUGUUUUGACCAUUAUUGGUUAUAGCCACCAGUCUGAUCCUAAAGCUGGUGGUACCGACUGUGAUGGUGUUGGAAUUUUGGGUAUUGCUUGGGCUUUUGGUGGCAUGAUUUUCAUUCUUGUUUACUGCACCGCCGGUAUCUCUGGAGGACACAUCAACCCUGCCGUGACAUUCGGGCUAUUCGUGGGACGAAAGGUGUCCUUGAUUAGGGCUGUAUUUUACAUGGCAGCACAGAGUGCCGGUGCAAUCUGUGGUACCGGACUUGCCAAAGGUUUCCAAAAAGCAUACUUUGACAGGUAUGGAGGUGGUGCCAACUUUGUACAUGAUGGCUACAACAAAGGCACAGCUUUAGGUGCUGAAAUCAUUGGUACCUUUGUUCUUGUCUACACUGUCUUCUCUGCCACUGAUCCUAAGAGGAACGCUAGGGACUCCCAUGUUCCUGUUUUGGCACCACUUCCCAUUGGAUUUGCUGUUUUCAUGGUUCACUUGGCUACUAUCCCCGUUACCGGCACCGGUAUUAACCCGGCAAGAAGUUUCGGAUCAGCCGUGAUCUACAACGACGGCAAAAUUUGGGAUGAUCAGUGGAUUUUCUGGGUCGGUCCAUUUAUUGGAGCUGCAGUGGCUGCAAUUUACCACCAAUACAUUCUAAGAGGAUCAGCCAUUAAAGCUCUUGGAUCCUUCAGGAGUAACGCUUAAUUAAAUUAAGCUAGCUCAAUUGCUUUAUUUGCCAACCAAGCUAUGAUGUUAAUUUCUCCAAAAGAAUAAUGUUGAAGAGUGCAAAUUAAGUGGUCCUAUCUUGGCCUUUUCGUCUUUUCCUUUUCAGCUGCAGCUGUAUUGGGGUUUGGAGGAAAAAAAAAACCAAUAACAUGGGGCCAUGCAAUUGUAGAUAACCUUGCUUGUGUUUCAAGGGUGUAUUUUGUAUCCCUUUUGUGUCUUUUUUUCAUUUUUAUUUUCAAUGUAUGUAUUCAAUUCCUAUGUGUUCCCUUUAUUUUCUGUUUUGUGAAUCCUUUGUCCUUUUUCAAAUUUCUCUUGAUAAUUAAGUGCCAUAUUUAUCAUCCA